AACUUUUGUUUGAAUAAUUGUAAGUUUAGUGAUCGAUAAAACCGUUCAGUUGUCUGUAUAAUGUCUUCGGGCAAUCAAAUGAAAGUUGUAUUGGCCUAUAGUGGAGGUCUGGACACCACUUGCAUACUGUUUUGGCUCAAAGAGCAGGGCUAUCAAGUGAUCUGUUAUACAACAGACGUCGGUCAGGAAGAAGACUUGGAACAAGUGAGACAACAAGCCUUAAAACUCGGUGCCAUUAAAGCAAUCGUUGACAAUAGGAUUGAAGAAUUUGUCACAGAAUUUGUGUACCCGUCGCUGUCAUACGGAGGCAUAUAUCAGGGCCGGUAUCUGUUGGGCACAUCCCUGUGUCGGCCCUGCAUUUCCAAAGGUAUCGUUAAAGUAGCGAAUGAAGAAAAUGCACAAUACAUAGCCCACGGGGCGACCGGCAAAGGCAACGAUCAAAUCCGGUUUGAAUUAUCAUGUGUGUCACUCAACUCCACAAUCAAAUGUAUAACUCCGUGGAGAAUGAGUUCAUUCUAUAAUCGAUUUCAAGGGAGACUGGAUCUCAUAGAAUACGCUAAAACAAAUGGCUUCAAAGUGGGCGCCACACCCGACAAGCCCUACAGUACUGACGCCAAUAUUAUGCACAUUAGCUUUGAAUCGGGCACAAAUGGCUUCAAAGUGGGCGCCACACCCGACAAGCCCUACAGUACUGACGCCAAUAUUAUGCACAUUAGCUUUGAAUCGGGCGUUUUGGAGGACCCGUUACAUCCGCCCAUCGAUGACAUGUAUUUAAUGACCGCAAACCCCAGCGAAUGGCCGAACGAAGCCGAAGACAUUAAGAUUACAUUUGAGAAAGGAUUGCCGAAAGCGGUCGAAAAUUUGUAUACAAAAGUCAAAGUCGAAAAACCUGUUGAGAUUCUUCAGUAUCUGAACAAAUUGGGCGGAAAGCAUGGAAUCGGCAGAAUUGAUAUCGUUGAGGAUAGGUAUAUAGGAAUGAAAUCUCGCGGAGUAUACGAGACUCCCGGCGCAACCAUUCUGUGGACAGCCAUCAGAGACUUGGAGUUACUAUGUUUGGAUCGGGAAGUAAACAAAAUACGGGCCAAAUUGGCGCAAGAAUUUGCUGAGAAAGUGUAUUACGGUUUGUGGUAUUCGCCGGAAUGCGAUUACAUGCGGGCGUGUCUCAAAUUGAGCCAAACUCUGGUCAAUGGUUUCGUUAUUAUCCGACUUUUCAAAGGAAAUGCGUUUAUUAGA